AUGUUGCUGACUUUCUAUCUUCUCUUCAUUGGGCUUCAUGUCUCUGAAGGCUGUAAUCUGGUGUACAGAGAACAACUCCUGCAUAUCACAGCUAAUAUAGGAGGGUCAGUACUGCUGCCCUGCUACUGCCCUGACCUACAGACCACACCUGAGGAAUUCAGCUGGAAGAAAGACAACACAAAAACAGGCAGACGGGAAGAGAUAUCCAGUGAGAGUGGUCAGUACAGAGACAGAGUUCAGCUGGUUAAUGGUCACUCUCCAGGAAAUCUCUCUCUACUCAUAUCACACCUGACUGAAGAGGAUGGAGGAGAUUACUGGUGUGAAGUUAAGGAUUCACAUAUAAGCAUCAGACUGACUUUAAAAGGCUGUGAUCUGGUGAACAGAGAACAAGUACUGGAUAUCACAGCUCAUAGAGGAGGGUCAGUACUGCUGCCCUGCUACUGCACUGACCUACAGACCACACCUGAGGAAUUCAGCUGGACGAAAGACAACACAAAAACAAAGACAUGGGAAAACAUAUCCAGUGAGAGUGGUCAGUACAGAGACAGAGUUCAGCUGUUUAAUGGUCACUCUCCAGGAAAUCUCUCUCUACUCAUAUCACACCUGACUGAAGAGGAUGGAGGAGUUUACCAGUGUGCUGUUAAAGGUGCUCAUUUAAUGAUCAGACUGACUUUAAAAGAGGGUCCACCUACAACUACACCAACUAGGGCAGUGGUCAGUGUGCAGACCAGACCAGCCACUUCAACCACACAUUCCUCUCAAAAGCCUGAUGAGGGUCCACCUACAACUACAACAUCUACUGCAGUGGUCAGUGUGCAGACCAGACCAGCCACUUCAACCACACAUUCAUCUCAAAGGCCUAAUAGCUGUGAUCUGGUGAACAGAGAACAACUGCUGAGUAUCACAGCUCAUAGAGGAGGGUCAGUACUGCUGCCCUGCUACUGCGCUGACCUACAGACCACACCUGAGGAAUUCAGCUGGAAGAAAGACAACACAAAAACAGGCACACGGGAAGAGAUAUCCAGUGAGAGUGGUCAGUACAGAGACAGAGUUCAGCUGUUUAAUGGUCACUCUCCAGGAAAUCUCUCUCUACUCAUAUCACACCUGACUGAAGAGGAUGGAGGAAAUUACUGGUGUGCUGUUAAAGGUGCUCAUUUAAAGAUCAGACUGACUUUAAAAGAGGGUCCACCUACAAUUACACCAACUAGGGCAGUGGUCAGUGUGCAGACCAGACCAGCCACUUCAACCACACAUUCCACUCAAAAGCCUGAUGGUUAUUCCAUGCACUUCUCCAUCUUCAUUCCUGUUCUACUUCUUCUGUUGGGACUCGGGGGGCUCAUCUAUUGGAGAUGCAGAGGACGGAGACGAGGACAGACUGAGAGCCGAGAGGAAAGAAGGACAAAGAUAGAGCAGAAAACACAGGAUGAAGUGACGUACUCUACUGUCGUCCACAGCAACACAACCACAACAACAACCACAGUUAUUGACAUUGAAGAAAAAGCAGAAUACGCCACCAUCAGAGUGAACUAGGAACACCACUCACCCUGUCCAUAAAAAUGCAUUGUGUUUUGCUUCUUGUUUUUUCCUUGUCUUACUUUUGCCUUUUCAAAUUCGCAAAUACAUCAAUAUUUUAAUAAAUAAAGCUUCAGCUAAACAUUCA